UUUGCGCCUUCGCACUCUUCUCCCGCGCCUAAACCUCCUCCAUAAAAGCCAAUUUUCAUUCCUCUUCCACACCGAUGGAUUUGCAGAAGAAGCAAAGGGGUGAUUUUGACGAAGAAGAAGCGGUCGUCGCAGGUGAUAUAUCCGUUAUCGGCGAAGACCUCCUCCAUGAGAUUCUUCUACGACUACCGCCAUCCUCUCUUCUCAGCUCCAUCUCAGUCUCCAGGUAUUGGCUGCGCUUGUGCAGUUCCCCUCUCUUCCGCCAUCAUUAUAGAUCUCGCCGCGCUUCUUCCUUCGGUUUCUUCGUUAAUUAUCCAUGCGAAGGCCCCGUCUUUAUUCCCUUUUCGUCCUCCUCCACUGCUGUUUCCGAUCUCGGUUCCGUUCAGAUCCUCGACUCUCGCGGGGGAUGGCUUCUACUUCUAGAUCUCGUUACCUCAUGCCUCCGAGUCUUUCACCCCAUCUUCAACAAAACCCUGUCCAUCGUUCAACCCUCGCUUGAUAACGCCACCUCCGUUUUCCACGCCCUUCUUCCCGAUCCCUUCUCAUUUAACCCUCUUUGCCGAUUCCGAAUCCUUCGUGUUUCGACGAAGCUAUCAUCCUGUCCCAUUAUUGAGAUUUUCUCGUCGGAAUCCCCCGGGGAAUGGAAAAAGAUCCAAUAUUUAUACAACAUUCGCACUCGGCGCUGCCUCGGGGACCAAUAUCCCGUUUUGGUGAAUGGAUUUAUUCACUGGCUCAAAGGUGAUCGUCAAAUUCUUGCUCUGGAUGAAAAGAACUACGAUCUCUCGAUUCUAGGGCUUCCGAGGACGCUUCCUUUGUAUAUUACCAAUCGUUGGUUGGGUAAAUUCAACGAUCAACUCUGCUACGCUUAUGUUGAGGAGUCUGUACUGUAUGUAUGGGUUCUUGUCGAUCGAUUGCACUGUGAAUGGCAUUUGGCGCAUCGAAUCGAGCUGGGAAGAUUUCGAGAGUUCUGUCAUUUUAAUCAGAUCAGGUUUCUUGGGUUUGGUAUCGGAGGGAGUUUAAAUGCUAUAUUUCAAGGUUUGAUGGGGAACAUCUUUUCGCUUGAUUUGGGGAGUGGAGAAUUGAGGGAGAUCGGAAAAACUGGCUUCGACAUCGAUCAUGUCUUCCCUUACAAUUCAGUGGAGGCUGAUUGGUCCAUUUCUUUGAUACCUGACAGUGAGGCAUUACUGUGAGUUUUAUGCCGAGCGCAAAUUCUUGCUUUUUCUUCUAACAUCUUUAGUUAUAGCGUCAUUGUAUUGUUCAUUUUCUAUUUCCAAUGUGCUGAGAAAAAAAAAGUGUAACUUGUAUUUAUGUUUAGCAUAUUGUAGCUUAAACUUUUUUUCUAUUAAUCAAA